GGCAACCGAGGUUGGCUGGUUGUGUGGCUGCUUAUUGAUACCAUGCAGCUAGAUGAUCUUCAGAGGUGCGUUGCAGUCGUAUUUGCAACUUUGGGGCCGAAGCAACCUGACAGCCUGAUAGGACUCUAGUGCUUCGGUGUCCAACUUUAGGGACCACCUCCUGCACUGAAACCCCAAUUUUCAAAUAUAGCAUCCGCCAAAUGACGACCAUGACUUUGGGUCCGCCGCCAGCAAAUCGCCGAAUUAUACUCGGUACUACCAAAAAUGGCAUCCGCACCGUCGUCGACGCAAACCCCAAAAUUUCAGCGUGCAGUCACGCAAGAUGUUAAAGGUAGACCUCAGAUCGCCGACCACGUCGCCGUACCACCAUUACAGCAUGGCUCUAUUCUAGUGAAAACAGUAGCUGUAGCCCUUAAUCCUAGCGAUUAUAAAAUGGGCGCGGCAUUCCCAACCAAUAAUGCUAUAAUUGGGUUCGAUUUCGCCGGCAUAGUAGCUUGUGUUGGCGAGGGAGCGGACGCGCACUUCACUCCGGGUGAUCGGGUCUGUGGCGCCGUGCACGGCUCCAACCCAGCCGAACCCGGCAACGGCGCCUUCGCAGAGUACGUCCGCGUUCCCGCCGACCUCCUCUUGCGCAUUCCGGACUGGCUAGACUGGGCUAAAGCCGCGACGCUAGGUACUGGCUUGGCAACUAGCCUGUUAGCGUUCUGGGGCCCCGGUGCUCUAAGGCUAUCCGCGACGCCGGACAACCCGGCCGAAGACCUGUUCCCGGUUCUCGUGUAUGGAGGCAGCACCGCUACCGGGACACUGGCUAUACAGCUGCUGAAGCUGUCCGGCUUCAACCCGAUCGCGACUUGUUCGCCGCAUAACUUCGACCUUGUACGUUCGUAUGGCGCUAGUGCCGUGUUUAAUUAUGCAGCUGCAGAUACGGCAGCCGCGAUCCGCACACAUACGGGUGCACGUCUCAAAUACGUGCUGGACUGCAUAGCCGACGAGACAAGCGUCGCGUGCUGCUACGGCGCCAUACAGCGUGCCGGCGGCUUCUACACGGCCCUAGAACUAGUUCCCGAGGGGACCCUGCGGAAACGAAGAGCUAUCAAGGCCUCGUUCAUAAUGGCGCCCGAGGUCUUCGGCAAGGAGGUCAAGCUCUCCGGGGGAUAUGAGCGCCCCGCUAGUGAAGAAAAACAUCGGGUUGUGGUGCGGAUGUUUGCUGUUGUUCAGAGGUUGCUAGAUGAGGGGAAGCUUAGGACGCAUCCGGUGCAGAUGGUAGGGCCGGGGUUGGAGGGGAUUUUGGAGGGUUUGGAGUUGUUGAGGUCGGGUGCGGUGUCUGGGAAGAAAUUGGUUGCGUUGGUGGGUCGUGAUGUGCCGUAGUUGUGUAGGUUGAUAGCAAGGUGAGUGAUGCUGGGUUUGGAAAUGGGUGAAUAAGCUUAACCAGAAUAAAGUUAAUUGGAUCGGUGAAGCUAUGUUAUCGGUAUAAUAGGCUUAACGU